UACACACCUAGGUCCAACGUGCAGCAGCACGUUUGUGUUUCAACCACUUUCAUACCUUUGCAGAACAAUUCAUAUGCUAUUAUGAUUUUCUGACAAUUACUACAUUAAAAUGGAAAACAGCAUCAACAGGAGACAGAGAAACCAGAAUCAGUAGUUGCCUAAGUCCGUUAUCCUUUAGAAUGAUUUGUAAUCAGAAAUAUGAAUAUAGAAGUCAGAGACCAAGUAGGAAAUUGAAGUAAGCUAGAAACGCAAUGAUUUAAUUACACCAGCUUUAUUCCAAUCCUGAUUGUAGCCCUAGCCUCAUUAAUUCCCUUGUGAUAGCAGAAAUCCUUGACCUUCCCUGGGAACAACUCUUUUCAUAGACCUUAGAGAGAUUUUUUGUUUCUGAAAAACUCUACCGCUAGAUCUGAUUUGGUUAAAAACAAUCAGAGUAGCUUAAAAAGCCAGAAAGAUGAAGGAGACUGGAACGCUUUAUGUUCAGAAUCCUGAUUUCCACAGCCGUGCUUUUGCUUAAGGAAUAAAUACGUAAAUAAAUGAAUGGAAACAAACAAACCAACAGAAAAAAGAAAACAAACAAACAAAAAAAAAAACCAGCAAAAUCAGAAUCACCGAAGUCCAAAAAUGAGUAAACUUGAAUGUGAUUGUUUUCAGAUCUUGAAUGGAACAUAAAAAGUAUUACAUGAGAAAACACACUUCCAGGAUCUAGGCAUGUCAACAAAGAGAGCUCAACAUUCAAGCAUGUGAUAGGAAAAACAGAAUAAAACAUACUAAUAGCAAUAUACCUAAUAACCUGUUCAUUAUACACUUGUAAGUUUUAUUGCAGCGCUUUCUGGCUAAAUGCUGGUUGAAGAGAGAGCUGGUUUGCACAGGGGAAUGAGGAGGAAUAUCUCUACCUUGUUUGCCCUAGUGUAUGGAAAUGGAUCGGGAGGCAAGAUGAUAUUUUUGUCUUUCAGCAUGAAUUUUGGCAUUUACAUUUUUCCCAAUCAGUCUGGUCAAGCCUCUCUAUCCUAUUGGAUGUUAAAAAUGCAAUCACAAGUUUCCCUGGUAAUAAAGAUAUAAGGACAAAGGUUCAAAACUACCAUAUCCCUUACAUAAGUCUUAAGGUUCGUUCUAUUCAGAGAGAAAGAAGAGAAAGAACUUUUUGCUACAAACAAAAGAUAAAAUAAUGUUAACUUCUCACUGAACGAAAAUAUUGCCAAGGAAGGUAAUGGAGUUUCUGGAAGACAAAGAGACCAAAGGAGUCCCACAGGAAUUUCACCUGGAAGAUUUACUUUCGGUCGUGUUGAUGAUUAAGAAACCUGGAUAAUGUUGGGUUUCCCGUCUUGGAUGUUGACACCUUUUCAAGUUCUGGCUUUUCAACACUUAUCAUGCUUGAUUACAGGUCAGUUUAUUAGCUCUUCUCCUCGUAGUUCCAUCACUGGAGUCAUUGGAGAAGGGGUCAUUUUGCCUUGUUAUGUGGUAGCAGAGAACAUUCCUGAGAUAUUCUCUGUCCAGUGGAUAUUUAAUGGGCAGUCUGAAAAAAUAACGGUGAGCACAUACCAUGGAAAAAAUAAAAAUGAAAAGCAAGAUGAGAGAUAUCAAGGCAGAAUAGAACUAUUCCACAGUGAAUUUAAAACUGGAAACAUGUCUCUGCAUUUGAAGAAUAUCAGAAGUUCUGACAAAGGAUUGUAUACCUGUGUGGUCUCUUUCAAUAAUGAGCACCAUGAUGAGCUGAUCGAACUGCAAGUAGCAGCUAAAGGUGGUGUGCCUUCCAUUUUCCUGAGGAGUCCCAGGAAAGAGGGCAUUGGCCUCACCUGCCAUGCAGAUGGGUGGUUUCCUAAACCUGAAGUGAUUUGGUUGGAUGGCCAAGGACAGAUCAGGAAGGAACUAUCAACCACAAAAGUUAUGAUGAUGCCUUCAGGCCUGUACAGUGUCCUAAGUUCCAUGAACCUAAUACCAGGAUCUGACAUGGAAGUCUCCUGCAGGAUAGUUAACAAUCUCCUAAAGACGAUGAGCGAAUCCCGAGUGCUGAUUUCAGAUAUUUUCUUCCCCUCCAUUUCAAAAUGGCCGGCUGCCUACCUGGUAAUUUUAUGUGCUAUCGCAGUCCUAAUUUGUGUUGUAUUUUUUAAGCUAAAAAGUAACCACAAGAGAACAAUUAAUUCAGUAAAAUUGAAGAAAACGAUGGAAGAAGAAAAUGAACAACUGAAGUUGAUGUUAGAACAAGAGAAAGCCACAAAUCGAAGAGAAAAAUCCAAACUCAAAGGCCGCUUUGGUAAACUGAAAGCUGAGCUGGAUUUCUGGGAAGCCCAGAGCUAUGCAGUUCCCAUUACUGUGAAUCCUGAAUGCCAACUCCUUGAGAUCCAAGUGCCAGGAGCUCCAGAUGUUGAAAGCAAUGCAACUGAACCUGCUGACCUGAGCAGCCCCUCCACAAUCCCUGUCCUGGUGGCAAAGGAAGGGUUUGCAUCUGGGAAACACUACUGGGAAGUGGAUGUGGGCCAGCAGCAGGACUGGGUGCUGGGGGUCAUGAGGCAGAAAGGAAAACAAGAGGAGCAAGAGACACUUGCUAGAGAGGACUUCUGGGCUCUGCAGAAAUCCAAGGGAGACAUUUUCUCUAUCAAGGGAAACAUCAGUUUUGAGAAGAAGGAGAUGAAUGACUCAGUGAUUGGUGUGCUUCUGGACUUGGAGGAAGCACAAAUAAACUUCUACGAAGCUCAUCAGAUGUCCACCAUGGUAAAAAUCCCUAUAAGUCUUGGAAAGGAACCUACAGAAAUGUUUUUCCCAUUUUUAUCCAAAGGAGGAGAGGCAGACACACCUGUUAUCCACCCAGUAUUAACCCCCGUCCCUUUGGAGCCACUGUAAAAUGAGAUUUUGAAUAAAGUGUCUUACAGAAUCAAA